AUGGCCACACCGGCAGGCACACGGGUGGGUACGCCGGCGAGCACAGCGGCAGGCACACGGGUGGGUACGCCGGUGAGCACAGCGGCAGGCACACGGGUGGAUAAACCAGCAGGCACACGGGCAGGGUACGCGGGGUGCGCCAGGACCAUCUGCAGCGUUGUCGGGCCGUCUGUGGCGCUCUGCGGGCGCCGCUCCUCUCGCUACCCAGACGGGUCCAGCUUCAGCCCCGAGUGCCGCGCGUUACCCUCGCAGAUAUCCCGCUGCCACCGCCGGCCCGGCAGCGCCAUCCGCGCCCUCCCGGCAUCGGCCGGCGCUCGGCGGGCCCUCACCGCGGGACCCCCUCCCGUGCCUGCGGAGGCUGCGGGCGGUGCUGCCGGCGGCUGCUGCCGCGGUGAUGCCGGGCUGCCCGCUGUGCCCGUGUCCCCGCCCCGCAAACAUGGCAGCGGCGGCGGCUCGGGCGGGGCGCGGCAGCAGGCCGGUGGGCGAGGCGGCGGCGGGGGGCGGGCUCCCGGCGCCGGCAGGCAGCUCCUCCCUCGCUCGCUCGCUGCCGGCCGGGAGCCCCCGGCGGGGUGA